AUUUUCAGCCUGUUUAUAGAUUCCAAAACUAAAUUCAAAUAAUUAGACACUUUUAAUAAGUUUCAUACCUAUCAGAAACGUCGAAUUAUUUGAACGAUUUUAAUAUUUUGUUGAUGUCAAUUUAUGUAAAAAUAUAUAAAAACAUUUUUUUCUGCAAAAUGUACCGAAACCAACAACUUAUACACUUUGGCAUCAAUAAAAUGCAGCGUAUUUCAAGGCGGAGUUAUGCCAAGGAUGUAAAGUUUGGUCCGGAUGUGAGAUCACUUAUGUUACAAGGAGUUGAUAUACUCGCUGAUGCUGUAGCAGUUACUAUGGGUCCCAAAGGACGCAAUGUUAUUUUAGAACAGUCAUUUGGUCCACCAAAAAUAACGAAAGAUGGAGUUACAGUUGCUAAAGGUAUUGAAUUGAAAAACAAAUUUCAAAAUAUAGGUGCAAAACUCGUACAGAACGUGGCAAAUAAAACUAAUGAAGAAGUUGGAGAUGGAACUACAACAGCUACUGUUUUAGCUAGAGCUAUAGCCAAGGAAGGCUUUGGAAUAAUUUCUAAAGGAGCCAACCCGAUUGAAAUUAGAAAGGGCAUUAUGCUAGCUGUAGAUGCUGUACAAAAAAGGUUAAAAGAAAUGUCUAUACCAAUUAAAACCUCGGAAGAUAUUGAGCAAGUAGCAACUAUAUCUGCCAAUGGUGAUAGAGAAAUUGGGAAAUUAAUCGCUUCAGCUAUGAAUAAAGUAGGUAAAGAUGGCGUUAUAACUGUUAAAGAUGGUAAAACAUUAACUGAUGAACUUGAAAUAAUAGAAGGCAUGAAAUUUGAACGUGGUUACGUAUCACCAUAUUUUAUAAAUUCUACAAAAGGACCAAAAAUUGAAUAUAACGAUGCAUUAGUUCUUUUUUCUCAGAAAAAAAUAUUUAACGUUCAACAAAUAUUACCAGCAUUAGAAAUAUCUAAUUCCCAAAAGAAACCUCUGGUUAUUAUUGCUGAGGAUUAUGACGGUGAACCGUUAUCAGUACUUAUUGUUAAUAAACUUAAAAUAGGACUGCAAGUUGCUGCUGUAAAAGCGCCUGGAUUUGGUGAUUUCAGAAAAAAUGUUUUGUUGGAUAUGGCCAUAGCUACUGGAGGUGUUUUGUUUGAAGAUGAUCCUAACCUUGUAAGACUGGAAGACUGCCAACUUGAAAGUCUAGGAAAAGUUGGUGAAGUUAUUAUUACUAAAGAUUCAACUCUUUUGUUGAAGGGUAAAGGUAAUAAAGUUGAUAUUAAACAACGUAUUGAUGAAAUUAAAGAAGAAUUAGAAAAUACUACUAACGAUUACGACCGAAUACGACUUAUGGAAAGAUUGGCAAGACUGCAAUCUGGUGUUGCAUGUUUAUUAGUUGGAGGAUGCAGUGAAGUCGAAGUAAAUGAAAAGAAAGAUCGUAUUAAUGAUGCAUUAAAUGCAACACGAGCAGCUGUUGCUGAAGGCGUUGUACCGGGAGGAGGAGCUGCAUUGUUACGUUGUGCACCAGCCUUAAAAAAAUUAAAACCAGCUAACUAUGAUCAAGCCAUAGGUAUUUCUAUAAUCAAAAAAGCUUUACGCACCCCAUGUAUUACUAUUGCCACCAAUUCUGGAAUUGACGGAGCUGUUGUUGUGUCUAAAAUAGAAGAUAUGUCGGAUGAAUAUGGGUAUGACGCUAUAAAUAAUGAAUAUGUAAACAUGAUUAAAAAAGGCAUUGUAGAUCCAACAAAGAUUGUUAAAAGAGCUCUGACAGAUGCUAGCGGCGUAGCAUCGCUUUUAACCACUGCUGAAGCUGUUAUUUGCGAUAUGCCUAGGGCAAAUGAAAGGCAAACACUUUCACAAGACCUCGCUAGGAUGGGUGAUUAUUAAAAUAUGUUUUUGUAUUUUUAAAUAAAUAUUUAUGUUUUAUUAUUUUUUUUUUUUUACGAAAAUAUUUUAUCUCACUAAUGUAUCACUGUAUUUAUACAAUAAGUCGAUUCUGAAUCGUUAUUUCUCUAAAUUUCUUUUUUAACCUAAUGUUUUAAUUUUAUAGUUUUGGGAAAUUACUGUUGUAUGGACAAUCAUAAAUUAAAUUUGUAAUAAUCUUAUGUACUUGAAAUUCAGUUCAUACUAGCUGUAUCCUGCUAAAAAUCCACUAUGCUCAUUCCAUACAUAGAUAUGAAUUCAAGUCACUUUAUAUACAAAUAUGUUUAUUAUAUAUAAGAAAUACUGGUUGCGAAAUUAAAUUUAUUU